AUGCAGGCAACAUUUGCAGCGGGAACGCGUCUGGGUGAUAUCGGUGCGCCGCUGCAAAGGGUUGGCCAGGCGAUGUUGAAUCUGCCGGACAUUGAUCGCCAGACGCUCGCCGGAGCGACGGCUACCGCAACACACGGUACUGGCAUUGCGUUUACCUGCCUGUCUGGCUUUGUGACAGCAUUGCGUCUGAUUACGCCAAGUGGUGAAGCACUUGAUGUCAGUCCCUCGUCAAAUGCUGAUCUUUUUGCUGCAGCCCGGGUGAGUCUGGGUGCGCUGGGUAUCGUUACACAGAUGACGCUGCAGAAUCGCACCCCGUACAAAUUGAAGGCGAAGAACUGGGUACAACCUAUAGAAGAGGUUUUAGAAACCUUUGAUGAAUCGGCGGCGAACCAUCGGCACUUUGAGAUGUUUCCGUUAACUCAUUCAGACUACGCACUCACUCUGGCCAUCGACGAAACGGAUGAAGACAUCAAUAAUCCGCCACCGUCACCGGAAGACGAGGCGGCUUUUGGUGAAGCCAUGGCUUUCUGGGCAACCCUGCCACCCAAAGAGCGCCUGCCGCAAAUCAACGCGCUGGCCGAGCAGAUAGGACCCACAGAGGCGAUUGAUGAGUCUUAUAAAAUACUCAGCAACGUUCGCAACGGGCGCUUUAAUGAAAUGGAAUAUUCAGUACCGCUGGAGGCCGGAGCGGACUGUCUGCGCGAAAUUCUGCGGACCAUUAUCGAUAAAGAAAUCGAUGUGGUUUUCCCCCUCGAAUAUCGCUACGUGAAACGUGACGAUACCUGGCUGAGUAUGAGUGCCGGGCAUGAAGAUCACGCUGCGAUUUCGAUACACCGUAUGGCGGGCGAGGAUUUUCGACCCUACUUUGAUCUCAUAGAACCCAUUUUCUGGAAGUAUGGCGGGCGAAGAUUACUGAAAAGCUUAGUGGCUGCUGGUGUUGCCGGCAGCAGUAAUGUGUUGUGGGCGCCGGGCGCAAUGGCAACAACACACAAUGCAGGGCACAACAGCUAUUUCUCUGCUUUGAAUGAGAUGCUCAAACGAGAGGGUCCGGGGCAUCCUGUGAUGUUGAUAGACACUGCUCGGAUGAUGCAUAACAUAUCGCGCAUAACGCAAUCUGUUGGCGAUCAAAAGCGCUAUCGCGUUGUUGUGAAAUCACUGCCCUCGGUGCCCCUGCUGCGGGAAGUCAUGGACAAAGCAUUUGCUCGACAGCACGGUCUGCGUCUUGGUAUCAACUUUGAAAUUGAUGUCGGUUUGCAUCGUGGUGGCCUGGCGCAGCCGGAAGUGUUGAGUGAGUGUCUAGCCAUCAUUGCCGCUGAUGAUGAGCACUUACAUUUCACCGGACUCAUGGGUUACGAGCCUCAGUUGACUGGUCUGAAAGCAGAUCUGUCGCAUCCCGCCGUAGUGGAGGUGCUGUCUAUCUACCGUGGCUUUAUCGAUCGCGCUAAACUUGCUGGCUAUGAUCCAGAGAAGCUGGUGUUAAACGGCGCAGGAAGCCAUACCCUGAAGAUUUAUGAGAAAGAUAACACCAUGAACGAUCUGUCAGCCGGUUCCGGCGUGGUCAUGCCAACUGACUUUGAUACGUUCCACCUCACUGACCAUCAGCCAGCACUUUUUAUCGCAGCGCCAAUUUUGAAGCGGUAUCAGCAGAACCCAUUUAUGGAAAAACCACCAACAGGCAUGGAGCAGGUGUAUUACAUUUACGGCGGAUAUUGGAAGGCGAAUAUGGUUUCACCACAACCGGUGGGUGAGCCCAUUUAUCAAAGUACUAAUCAGAGCCCGAUACUCGCCAGUGCGGAUCUGAAUCUGCAGGUGGACGACUAUAUGUUUUUCCGGCCCACACAGAGUGAAUUUGUGAUGCUGCAGUUCGGUGAUUUGCUGGCCGUGACUGACGAACGUAUCAGCCAUCAAUGGCAGGUCGGCGUUGGGCAGGCCGGGCUGCAGGGUGGCACAGAAUUCCAGCAUGAUGCCAUCGGGUUGCGCUUCAGGCGCAUCGUUGAACCAGAAGAAAGCCAGUUCGCUGCCAUUUCCCAUAUCAAAAAAGAAGUGUUGACCAUAUCCUUCAAGGUCAAAACCUUUGGUCAGCUUCAUUUCCAGAACGUUGGUGUAGAAGUCUACCGUACGUUCCAUAUCUUUACAGACAAGUACUUCACGUAUACGUUCUUCAACGUCAUCAAACUCCAGUCGCAGUGCCUUGCAGCAAACGGCGUGGAGAUUGUAUCCCAUCGUAUGGUAGGUCAGUUCGAGGAUGUCUUCAUCGCUGAGAUGGCGGUGAAGUUCCUCAAACAAUUCAUCAGAUGCACGGCCACCCUGCAGAAUAAGGGCGUCAGCCCAGGCAAGCACGGCGCGUUCUUUUGCAUCAAACGCAUCACUGAUUUCCCAGUGUCUGAUGUCGUUAAUCUGUUGUUCGGUUACCCCGAAACGACGGGCAGCUUUACAAUGCUGGGAAAAGACGAACUGGCUGCCCUGGGUGAAGCCGGCACGCAUAAUGGCCAGUUCGCGAACCUUACCGUCCAUUUUGCUGAUACUUUCCUGGGCAAACAUGCCAAACAUGCCGAAAUGGUUGGUGGCGUGUUCAAAAAUAUACGGCACCAGAGCGAACACACUCCACCAGUUGCCUGGCGUGCCGGUAGCUGUACCGGGCUCUGUUACGGGGUCGCGUUCACCAAACAGGCGUUCGUAGAAUUUGAGAACUUCCGGUGCUAUCAAUGGUAUGUCAUUUUUGUGCUGUUGCUGGCGCAGACCUUUUCUUUUCUCGAUCGUAUGAUCAUGGGGCUGCUGGUUGGACCAAUACGUGAGACUUUUGAAAUUUCUGACACGCAAUACAGUCUGCUCGCUGGAUUGGCGUUCUCACUGUUCUACGCGGGUAUGGGUUUGCCCCUUGCGCGCAUUGCCGACAGUAAAAACAGGCGCAAUCUGAUUUCUGCAGGGAUAGCUGUGUGGAGCUUCAUGACGGCAAUCUGCGGCCUUGCUCAGCAAUUCUGGACUUUGUUUGUAGCGCGGGUUGGCGUUGGAGUAGGUGAGGCCACGCUGGGUCCAGGCGCUUAUUCGAUGAUUACUGACUAUUUCCCGAAGUCGCAGUUGGCACGGGCACUUUCUGUUUACACCCUGGGUGUCACUUUAGGUUCUGGUUUUGCGUAUAUGUUGGGUGGUGCCGUGGUUGCCUAUGUGCAGACCCUUGGUCAGAUAACAGUGCCGCUCAUUGGUGAUGUCUAUGGCUGGCAGCUGACGUUUUUUAUUGUGGGUCUGCCAGGUCUGAUCGUCGCUUUGUUGAUGUACACCACGGUUAAAGAACCUGAGCGACGUGGGGUGGUGAUUGGAGACACACUUUUACCUGUUGCACAGGUUGUCGCUUAUGCCUGGCAGCGCCGUCGUGCGUAUGGCUGCCAUAUCUUUGGCUUGUCUACUUUUAUCAUGGUGGUUUAUGCGUUAAAUCUGUGGGGGCCAACCUAUUUUAUACGCACGUUUGGGUACGAUGCUGCUCAAGCGGGUUGGACGUUUGGUCUGUUGAUGUUGAUCGCUGGUAGUGCGGGCCUGUUGCUGGCGGGUUAUGUGGCCGAUGCAUGGGUUAAACGCGGCGUUUCAGAUGCCUAUGUGCGGCUUAUCCUGAUCAGUAUGGUCUGUAUGACACCCUGUGCGAUUGCGCUGGGCUUUGUGCAGGAUGCGACGGCUGCCAUUGUUGUCAUGUCUCUCGCGGUGUUCUUUUCUGCUUUUCAAGGGGGCAUUGCGGGUGGCACGCUGCAGUUGAUGACGCCAAAUCGGAUGCGUGGGCAGAUGAUUGCAGCCUACCUGCUCGUAGCGACGCUGAUUGGAUUAGGCUUUGGCCCCACCGUCAUCGCAGCCACGACAGAUUUUGUAUUUGGUUACGAUGAAGCGAUUGGCAAGUCGAUAGCACUGUGUGCCGGGAUUCUUUGUCCAGCAGGUGCGCUGAUCCUAUGGUUCGGUUUAUCACACAUUCGUCAUGAGAUUGAAGUUCAGAACGACGCCGCUCUUGCAGAACAGUCGACUAGCGCCUGA